AUGGAUUGGUGGACAGUGAUUUUAGUUCUUAGUGUACUGCACGUUUGCAGCUGCUAUACACAUCAGCUACCGAAUGCAACGUUAAUGAAAGGCGAAAAUGAGCUGGAAGUAUCACACACGUCGCAGCGUAGUGGAAGAUUUUUUCCCUUCUACACGAUUGGCCGUAUUGCGAACGUUCCGUGCACGUCACCCUCGGGCCUAUCCGGUACAUGUUUGAUUGCGGGCGAGUGCAAAGACAACGGCGGUUUGUCGUCCGGUUCGUGCAGCACCCGUACCAACCAGGCCGUGUGCUGUGUAUAUACGAAAACCUGCGGGGGUUCCACGAACCUUAAUAGCACAUACUUUACGAACUCGGGUUUUCCGGGACCAUACAACGGAGGUGGAACCUGUUCAUUCACAAUCACACCUUCCAGUGGGAUCUGUCAGCUUCGCAUCGACUUCCGGUCACUGACACUCGAACAACCGACCGGAGAUGGGUCGUGCAAUACCGAUCGUUUGACGAUCGUCGGUGCAAGUCCCUCGGUGGUACCAAUCUGUGGUGAAAACACGGGCCAACAUCUGUACGUGAACUUUGUUGGAAGUGGUCCUAUUUCGCUGCGAAUCGCCACCAACGGGGACAUAUCGUUCAAUCGCCUGUGGAACAUAGAAUUGUCACAGAUAGCGUGUGCCAGUGCAGAACGGGCGCCGGUUGGAUGUUUACAGUAUUACACAGACGACAGCGGUGAGAUCAGCAGCCUUAACUAUGGGCUCGGAGAAAAUCCUGCGUUGAAUACGGUCAGUGCACGAGGCAGUCGACAGCUAGCCAACACGAACUACGGUAUUUGUAUACGUCCUGCAGCUGCACGAUGCUCCAUUACAUACUCCCUGCCUUCAAAUGAUCGGUACGCGUUUACGCUAUCCGGUGAUGCGAUUGCCGUCGAUCCAGCCCUGCUGGGUAUGGCCAUGUUGAGCAUGUCCGGGGCAGCCUGUCAGACGGAUUUCGUUGUCAUACCGAAUCCCUCCGGUUUGACUUCAGAUCGAUUCUGCGGUCUCGGCUUUCCAGGCGUAACGACAAGCGCCCGACCUUUCGUCGUGUACACAGUGACCAACGGCAACGAAACACCGGACGUGGCUAAUCGAGGAUUCCGAUUGCUGUACCAGCAGAAUGCAUGUGCUGCAGUGUAA